AUCAUCGAUGCGACCAAAAAGAAGACCUCCUGUUUGGGUGGCGAUGAGCCGGCGUCUGAAAACUGUCUAUACGUCAACAUAUGGGCGCCCCAUAACACCACACAAUUAAAAGCAGUUAUGUUUUGGAUAUACGGCGGGGGUUUCAGAGGGGGCUCUAUAUUCUCGGACAUGUAUAACGGCAAGUCGUUGGCCUCCUAUGAUAUCGUGUAUGUGGCCGUGGAUUACAGGAUGGGUUCAUUGGGUUUUAUAUACGGUGGCGAUGAUGAUAUGGCACCGGGUAAUCUGGGACUACUUGACCAAAUUGAGGGGCUUAAAUGGGUGCAAGAAAACAUCCACGCGUUCGGAGGUGAUAAGGAUAGGGUAACGAUAUUCGGUGAGAGCGCCGGUAGUAUCGCCGCAUCGGCGCUGGUAUUAUCUCCACUGGCGAAAGGGCUGUUCGCGAGGGCUAUACUAGAGUCAGGCGCUCAGCUCUAUAGCUGGAAGAGUCUGACCCCCGAUCAGGUCUACUAUACGAGGGAACAGGCAUUAGCCGAGGCCAAGGAAAUGGGAAAACAUUUCAAGUGUACGGACGAUAAGACGUGGUUAGACUGCCUGCGAAAGGUCGACGCGAAUGAGAUCCACGACUACGGGGCUCUAACGGUCGGUGCAAUGGUUGGCAACGCCUUUAUGCCACUCAAUGCUCAGGAGGCCUUCAAACAGGGAAAGUAUAAUAGAGGUCAGUACGUGGAUCUGAUCGCUGGUAUUGUCCGCAAUGAGGGCUCACUUCUUGCGGACCAACUCAAAGGCAAUGCAACCGAACAGACGUUUAUUAAUGAAGUUAAGAGUCUUAUAAAAGAUCCCGAUUUGGAGGCAAUUCAAGAGUUUUAUCUCAAAGAUAUCAAACCCGGCAACCAAUCAGCCUAUCGAUGGGCUUAUUAUGAUUUUUACGGUGAUAUCAAUUUGAAGUGCAAUACAUACCUCUUCGCCAAACAAGUGGCCCAACACUCGACCACAAGGAAUGUCUACUUCUAUGAACUCACGUAUCAAAGUGGCGGACAUUUGUAUGGUUGCGAUGAGAAGACAAUGGGUAUAUGCCAUGGAUCUGAUCUCGAGUUUGUGUUCUACAGGACCGGUUCCAACCCUAAGCUCGACAUACCUUUCAGUAAGGAAUGGAUGAGUUAUUGGACUAAUUUCGCCAAAACUGGUGUUCCCACAACUGAUGCCAAAUGGCCUAAACUUGUGAACAAAGCCGAGGAAUACAAGAUAUCGAGGGUUAAGGACAUGAAUCCAUACGACUUCAGCAAAACACUUGUCGAUCCCUUUAAGAAGAUUUGCGAUGACGUUUUGUUAGGUGUUCGGUGUUUAAGUAUCGGCGCCGAAACGGUGGACGUCAAGACCAGCUCCGGUACUGUUAGGGGACAGACUAUAACUGAGCUUGGUAAGGAACUUAAUCAAUUUUACGGCAUUCCGUUCGCUGAGCCGCCGGUCGGUGCCCUGAGGUUGGGCUCAUUGGGCUUCCUAUACGGUGGCGAUGAUGAGGAGACCCCCGGAAAUCUGGGACUUUUGGAUCAACUCGAAGGACUUAAAUGGGUGCGAGAAAACAUUCAUCUGUUUGGUGGAGAUAAGGAUAAGAUAACGAUAUUCGGUGAGAGCGCCGGUAGUAUCUCAGUAUCGGCUCUUGUAUUAUCUCCACUGGCGAAAGGGCUGUUCGCGAGGGCUAUACUAGAGUCAGGCGCUCAGCUCUAUAACCGGAAGGAAACUCAUACCAAAGUCCAAGCAUUAGCCGAGGCCAAGGAAAUGGGCAAACAUUUCAAGUGUACGGACGAUAAGACGUGGUUAGACUGCUUGCGAAAGGUUGACGCGAAUGAGAUCUUCGGUUACAUUCAGAUAAAUCUUCGUCCCCUCGUGGGCACCGCCUAUAUGCCACUCACGGCACAGGAGGCUUUCAAAGAGGGGAAGUAUAACACAGACGUGGAUCUGAUCGCUGGUGUAGUCCGUAAUGAGGGCUCACUUCUGGCGCCACAAAUCAAAGGCAAUAUCACUGAAGAGGUAUUCAUUAAUGCCAUCAAAGGACGCAUCGGUGACAUGGAUUUGGGUCAAGUGUUGGCCUAUUAUCUCAAAGAUGUCAAAAAGGAUGACUACGCGGCCUAUCGGUGGGCAUACUAUGAUCUUAUCGGUGAUUCUGGUCUGAAGUGCAGUACAUAUCUGUUUGCCAAACAAGUGGCCCAACACUCGACCACAAGGAAUGUCUACUUCUAUGAACUCACGUAUCAAAGUGGCGGACAUUUUAAAGGAUGUGAUGAGCAGACAAUGGGUAUAUGCCAUGGAUCUGAUCUCGAGUUUGUGUUCUACAGGACUGGUGCCACCCCUCAGCUCGACCUACCAUUCAGUAAGGAAUGGAUGACUUAUUGGACUAAUUUUGCUAAAACUGGUGUUCCCACGACUGACGCCAAAUGGCCUAAACUUGUGAACAAAGCCGAAGAAUACCAGAUAUCGAGGUUUAAGGACAUGAAUCCAUACGACUUCAGCAAAAUACUGGUCGACCCCUUUAAGAGGACUUGCGAUGACGUCCGGUGCUUAGGAAUAGGCGCCGAGACGGUGGACGUCAAGACCAGCUCCGGUACUGUUAGGGGACAGACUAUAACUGAGCUUGGUAAGGAACUUAAUCAAUUUUACGGCAUUCCGUUCGCUGAGCCACCGGUCGGUGCCCUGAGGUUUGCCAAACCAAAGCCUAUUACAAAGCCUUCACCCACGGUGGACGUCAAGACCAGCUCCGGUACUGUUAGGGGACAGACUAUAACUGAGCUUGGUAAGGAACUUAAUCAAUUUUACGGCAUUCCGUUCGCUGAGCCACCGGUCGGUGCCCUGAGGUUUGCCAAACCAAAGCCUAUUACAAAGCCUUCGCCCGAUAUCAUCGAUGCGACCAAAAAGAAGACCUCCUGUUUGGGUGGGGAUCAGCCCACCUCUGAAAACUGUCUAUACGUCAACAUAUGGGCGCCCAAUAACAUCACAACUUUAAAACCUGUUAUGUUUUGGAUAUAUGGCGGGGGUUUUAGAGGGGGCUCUAUAUUCUCGGACAUGUAUAACGGCAAGUCGUUGGCCUCCUAUGAUGUCGUGUAUGUGGCCGUGGAUUACAGGUUGGGCUCAUUGGGCUUCUUAUACGGUGGCGAUGAUGAAGAGACCCCCGGAAAUCUGGGCCUUUUGGAUCAACUCGAGGGGUUAAAAUGGGUGCGAGAAAACAUCCAUCUGUUCGGUGGAGAUAAGGAUAAGAUAACGAUAUUCGGUGAGAGCGCCGGUAGUAUCUCAGUAUCGGCUCUGGUAUUAUCUCCACUGGCGAAAGGGCUGUUCGCGAGGGCUAUACUAGAGUCUGGCGCUCAGCUCCACAACCGGAAGGAAACUCAUACUAAGGCCCAGGCAUUAGCGGAGGCCAAGGAAAUGGGCAAACAUUUCAAGUGUACGGACGAUAAGACGUGGUUAGAGUGCCUGCGAAAGGUCGACGCGAAUGAGAUCCACGCAUACACUCAGCUAACUGUGGGUCCCCUCGUGGGCACCGCCUAUAUGCCACUCACGGCACAGGAGGCGUUCAAAGAUGGAAAGUAUAAUACAGGUCAGUGUCUGUGA